AUGACAGAUGCUCUGUCAGAUGCUAGUGAUCUCAGAGGAGGAGAGGAGAGUCAAGAGGAUGUGAACCCAACAGAGCUCAUGACAAAACUGGAGGAGGCUUGGAUGAAUGAGAAUUUUUCUCCAGAACUGCUGGAGAACAAAUCAGAGCUGGUGGAGUGUGUGAUGGAGCAGCUCACACACAUAGAGGAAAAUCUCCAGAGGGUGAGGAAAGGUGACGUGAAGGUCAUUGUUCACCGCAUGGAGAUCGAUCGUAUCCACUUUGUUCUUGGCAGCUAUUUUCGCUCAAGACUCCUGAAGAUAGAGAAGUUUUUCCCUCAUGUUUUGGAAAAGGAAAAGUCAAGUGCUGACGAUCCUUCGUUUUUGUCACCUGGGGAGUUUGCCUUCGCUUAAGAGUAUUUGGCCAACAUAGAGGUGUACCUUCGAGCUGUGGCUCUGAAUUCCAUUGACAUGAUGAAGGCUGUUCCUGAGUCAUGUUUGGACUUGUUUGUGUUCAUGAGGGUGAAGGAGAGGCGGGACAACAUCCUUGUGGAACCUGAGACCGAUGUGCAAAGGGAGUAUGUUGUGGACUUGGACAAAGGUUCUCAGCAUCUAAUGCAUUAUUGCACUAUGGCCAACGGUGCAGUGCAAUUUAUUUAG